GCAUGCCCUUGGUGCCCAGAGCUGCUCUGCUCAGCUCGGCACCUAUGGGCAGCAUGCCCUCGCUUCGCUGAGGCCCGCGCCCGCCUCGGCGCCGAGGUCGGCAUCCCUGCGAACUGGUGGGGGGGCCCAGCCCCGGGUUACGGCCAAAUCCGGGUGGAUCACGGUGCGGGCCGGGCCCUCGGUUGAGCACCGGGCACGGCUGCAGGUUGCGGCUUGCCGCCUCGGCCUCGAGCCCUCGGCGGCCCGACUCUGGCCAGCCCGCGGCGGCCCAGACCUUGACGGGGAGACGGUGGCCCUGCGACGAGGCGGCUUCGGGGCGUACGCGGCGGACCAGACGUCGAAUUCGCUGACCG